AUGCUUAUUAUUCUCCUAUUCCUCCUCCUGUUAACAUGCCACCCCCGUCAUGUCACCACCACCAACCACCUGCAACCAGUAGAUACCAUGGAUCCAUCGGAGCUACAAACCCUCUACAGUAUAAUGGAAACACUCUCUCUCGACCAAAAAUGGAGACUCAACUAUCCAAACCCAUGUAAACCUUCCACUUCUUGGGUUGGAAUUGAAUGCAAACGAGGUGUUACAGACUCUCAUCUUCAUGUCACAAGACUUGAUUUUGGUACCUCUCCAAACCCUACCUGCAAGAACACUGCUACCUUUCCUUCACAGAUCUUUCAGCUUCCUUACCUUCAGUCUGUAUUCUUCUUUCAGUGUUUCACCAAAACCAAAACAACAAUUUCUGUCUCAAAGAACAGAACUGGAAGUCCUGGACCUUCUUCCCUGCAGCAGCUAAGUCUCAGAUCAAAUCCUAGUCUUGUUGGCUCUAUACCUUCUCAACUCUUCUCCCAUUUAUCUUCACUUCAGAUUCUUACCAUAUCACAAACCAGAAUCUCCGGCAGGAUCCCGCCGGAGAUCUCGCAGUUGAGUUCGCUUGUUCAUCUUGACUUGAGUUAUAACCAGCUCACUGGGGCUAUACCUGUCGAACUGUGCAAGCUCAGGAACCUAGUGGGACUUGAUCUGAGCUAUAACUCGCUCACGGGUCCAGUCCCCAACGCAAUUGGGCAACUGGGUAUGCUUCAAAAACUAGACUUUAGCUCCAAUUUACUCACUGGAAGUGUUCCGAACAGCGUUGAGAAGCUGACUUCUUUGGUGUUCAUGGCACUGAGCAACAAUGGAUUUCAUGGAAAACCGCCGGUUGGAUUAGCGAAUUUGAAGGGAUUGGAGUAUUUGAUCAUGGAAAACAACCCAAUGUCUACCGAACUUCCGAUGGAGUUCGGCCAUCUCCCUAAGCUACAAGAGCUUAGACUUGCCGACUCCGGUUACUCCGGCGAAAUUCCUGCCAUCUUUUCACAGUUAUCGAAUCUAACCACAUUGUCGUUACAAAACAACCGAUUAACCGGAAAUAUCCCGCUAGGUUUAGGGAAUCUAUCACAUAUUUAUCACCUGAAUUUGAGCAAGAACUGGUUGAGUGGAGAGAUUCCCUUUGAUUCUGGUUUCUUGAAGAGACUGGGGAAGAAUUUGGAUUUAAGUGGGAAUGGGCAGUUGUGUUUGAAUCCGUUGCAAGCAUAUGAUUCUAUGAAGCUUGGAGUUGAUGUGUGUAAUAGAAGCAAUGCACGUGUAGGUAAUAGCAGUUCUAGGAUUCAGCCAUUGAAGAAAUCUGGAGGUCGAGUGGUUGAAUUUAGUAGGCCAGCUUUAUUCUUUAUGUUUCUUGGUUUGGGUUGUGUUGGAAUUUGA